UGUUUGGUGUGGGAGGGGGAGGGGAAUACCUGGUUUACAUCUGAAGUGCUUCAAGGGGUUAGAUAGUGUUUCGUUUAUAUGCGUCUUUGAUCUGAUAGUAUCGCGGACGCCCACGUUCGAUUUGUGACGGAUUCUUCCCAACUUAGAGAAAUGAAUUCGCGCAAUGUGAAUCCUUGGACACCGCCUCAUCGCAGAGUGGUAAACCAAAGUGCCGGUGCUGCUGGUGCUGCGGCAGUGACUUCGCCGCCGUCUAGGCCCACUGCCACUUCCAGGCGCCUAUACACGGUUCCAAGCUCUGGGGGCAGCCUGGGUGGAUCAUCUUCGGCAACUGAUGCCAGGGCAGCUCAAGAAAGAGCCCACGAGGCUCGAGUUGCAAUUUACGAAGAAAAACAGGCGGAGAUAAGAAAGAAGAAACUCGAAGAGAAAAUGGCCAAAUAUCAUUAUUUAAUCGGAAAUACACUAGGAAAGUCUGAUGGGUUGACCAUGCAGCAGGUUAGAGAGUUGCAAGAUCAACAAAACUCCGAGAUUGCUCAGACUGCCGCUUUGCUGAAACUUCGAGAAACUCAGGAUGAAAGCAGAAAGGAUCCUCCAGAAGUGCAGAAGGAAUCAGUUGUGAAGUCAAUGCAACAAAUUCGGAUGGAGCAGCAAGCUAAAUACAAUAACACAGUGCAGAAGAAAUCACCAACCUAGAAUUCUAUAUGAAACCUCUACGUGUUGUUUUAAAAAUGCCACCUGUUCUUUGCCAUGGCUUUUGGAGUCAAGCCCAACACUCAUCAACAUAAUUAUCUUCAAUUUUCUUGCAAUAACUAUCCAAAUAUUCCAAUCUGAAUUAAAACAUUCUUAAAAAGUUGA